CUCUGUCCCUCCCCUCUCGACAUCUCUGCUAUCGGGGCUUAGCGGUGCCCAGGACAGUUGUGAUUAGUUUAAAGAAGUACAAAAGAAGCCAGAUUUUUUUUUUUUCCCUAUCUCAGAAUAGAUAGGUGGUGUAGCCAGAUCGUACUCCAGCGCUGACACAACGCUGUGGAGAUAGGUCUGGCUAUGUGAGACUAGAUUUUUUUCCAGGGUCCAUUUUUUAAAACUAUAAAUGGAGAUCAAAUUGAAGCGCUCCAGCGAGCUCUACACCUUCCAGCUGUCUCACACGAAGCAUUCACCUGCCGCUGUCACAGACGUAAAUAUCCGCUGUCAGCUGAAUGCGCAUGCGCAUUGGGACUUCCGCCUAAAUACUUCAGAAUAAAAGCGACAUUUCGGCAAAUAUUGAACAAAAUUAAUUUUAUUUCUGUGUAUAUACAUCACAUUCCAGUAGAAGUAGGCUAUAUAGCAACAAUAGUAUUUUGACAUUGAAAAAUUACUGACACUUUUUAUUUGUUUGUCAGUCUAACAAAAGAACAUGAAGUUGAAAUGACAGCUUCUUUAAGAUCAGGUUAUAGAAAAAUGGUUUGAAUGCCACUUACAUACUGUAUGUUACCAUGUACAGUCUAUAUAUAUUACACACCUGUACUUACUGCAUAUAGCCUACCUGUACCUGUGCAAACCUUUGUAGAUACAUAGUUAUUGAUAUCCUCAAUGACCAUUUACAUCUCAGAAUUAGCACUACUGAUAGAAGACAUUGUACAGCACCAGACCUGCACUAACCAUACAGCAGGGCUCUGUACAUUAUAUAUAGGCUACUAUGUUUAGUUUCUAGCCAAGAUUUUAGGUAUUCAUGUUUUUGAAAUGUAAUUUUGUUAUCUACCUCUUUGAGUGUCAUGCUGUGUGAGUGACACAAAUUAUGCUGAAAGAUAAAAUAUGCACAAAAGCACUAGUUAACAGGGAGCUGGGUGAACCAUGGCAAAGGUAGCCCUCUAGGCUUUGCAUUGUAUGUAAUAUAAUCAAUAAUUGCCUGUAGCUGUGUGAGUGAUAACUGAACAAUGUGAUAACCAGAGAAUGUCCACAGAACAAUGUCGAAGUUCAAAUCUUUCAUUUACACCAGUCAAAGUUCACUUUAUGCAAUAAACCAUCCAUGGGGAUGUGAUACACACCCUAAAGAGAAACACUUAGCACUAUGUGCAAGUCAUUUCUUGGUGGUUAAACAAUUCUUUGCUGUCAGUGUGUGAAAUAUAAAGUAUUCACAAAAUGCCUCAAGGUUUAGGAGUCGUUCUGGAGGAGUGGAAAUGUCUGGAUAAGGAAUAUCAACAACUUCAGGAGACACACAGAAUGUACUUACAGAAGCUGGAUGAAAUUUCCAAACUACAAAACAACUGCUCUUCCUCCAUUUCCAGUCAGCGCAAAAGGCUGAAGGAGGUGUCCCACCUAGUGGAAAAAUGCAGCAAAGGAGCAUCAGAAGAAGACGCUAAAACCUUGGAUGAAAUAAAUGAGAAGAUAAAGAUGCAACCAAAUGCUUUCUCUGAAAUGGAAGCUUUCCUUCCAAAAAAAAACGGGUUGUACCUCAGUCUGGUUCUUGGACAUGUGAAUGUCACUCUUCUCAGCAAGCAGUCAAAAUUUGCGUACAAAGAUGAAUACGAGAAGUUCAAGCUGUACCACACAGUCCUCCUGAUGCUGUUCUCUUUCAUAUGCUAUUUCUUUGUGAGCUACAGAUUCCUUGAUGCAAUCCUCAAUUUCCUGCUGGUGUGGUACUAUUGUACAUUAACCAUCAGGGAAAGUAUCCUCAUCACCAAUGGCUCCAGAAUCAAAGGCUGGUGGGUUUUUCAUCACUACAUCUCAGCUUUUUUGUCCGGUGUAAUGCUGACAUGGCCAGAUGGGAAUCCGUACAAGAUAUUCAGGAACCAGUUCCUUGCCUACUCCUUGUAUCAAAGUUUAGUUCAGUGUCUGCAGUGCUAUUAUCAAAGUGGAUGUCUGUACAGGCUUCGAGCCCUGGGAGAAAGACACAACAUGGAUCUAACCGUGGAGGGAUUUCAGUCGUGGAUGUGGAAAGGGCUGACGUUUCUGUUGCCCUUCCUGUUUUUUGGUCAUUUCUGGCAGCUCUUCAAUAGCCUCUCUCUCUUCCGAAUGGCUCAGCUCUCAGACUGUAAAGAAUGGCAGGUAUUGAUGUGUGGCCUCUGCUUCCUUAUUCUGUUCAUGGGAAACUUCUUCACCACUGUUGCUGUGGUCCGUCACAAGGUCAAUAGCAGGAAUCAGAAACCAAAGAGUAUGUGAUGAAUACUAUAAUGAAAUCAGAAUCAGAUUUAUUGCCAAGCAAGUUUGCACUUGCAAGGAAUUUGCCUUGGUGUAUUAGGUUCAGACAGUAAACAAUAAACAGAGCAAAGUAAUGUUACAGUCAAGAACAUCAAUGCAGAAUAGAUAUAUUACAAAAACAUGUCUACAAAAAAACUGUCUCACAUGCUUCUCUUCAAAUUAAAAGCUCACAUCAUCAUUAUUGUCGACUUUAACAUUAUUUAAUGCUAUUAUGCUAUCAAAUUAUGGCUAUUGUUACAAAACAUGUACAGUAUAAACAUAAUUGUUAAAAAAAUGUUUUAUGUUUAAUCAAUCACCAUUAAAAGGUAAAUUAUCCUCCACAAAACCUCUACUGUAUGUUCUUGUCUUUGCAUAAAAUGACUCUGAGGAUAAACAAUGAAUAAAAGGCCACACAUUACAGACAUGCAAGCCUCUGUGAAGCUGGGAUUUUUGUUGUACUUUUACAUACUUUGUGCUUUUAUAUGUGUCUGAAUAUGUUUGCAGCCCAUUAUUCAAGUAUUUCUAUGUAUUUGAGGAAAAGUUGGGCAUGUAAAUUCUGAGUUUCCCUGCAUGGA